CGAACCACUCCACAGCGCUCUCCGCUCCGCUCCGCACCGCUCCACAUCGUGCAUCGACUUCGCACCGCAGCACUCCACAACAGCACUCCGCGUCCCUGUCCUCCGCGGCCACACGAAGCUCCACAGGGCGCACGCAGCUCGCCCACCCACAGCGCACCGCAACCGCGUCCUCGUCCGCCGAAAUGUCGCUCCCGGUGAACGCACUCGCCGCGGCGCACUUCCUGUUCGGCAUCUACUACGCCAUGGCGUUCGUCGCCUUCCCCGACGGCGUCAUGCCAGACGCCCUGCGCGGCAUCGGCUGGAAGAAGUACCUCACCUUCUGGAACAUGUGCUUGCAAUCGCUGUACUUCACAAUUUGUGUUUUAAAUGACAUUGCCGGAAGCAAUGAAAUUGCACCGAAGAACCCGCCACUAAUUAGAAGAAUCAAAGAUUAUAUGCUCUGCACGGUCGCGUUUCCUGUGUCAAUGGUUUGUAAACAUUUUCUUGUCUUAAACAUAAAAACUGUGAGUGAACUAGUACCUGACAAAUCUGUUCUGGCUAAUCUGUUUCAGUUCGUUGGUUUGACGUUUUGGGGCCUUUAUGCAAUUGAUCGAGAGCUAGUUUUCCCCAAAGCUCUAGAUCCUUACUUUCCUAGUUGGCUGAAUCAUGUGAUGCACACCAAUAUAAUGAUUUUUAUAGUUCUUGAAAUGGUGUUGUCCUUCCGUAAAUAUCCUACACGUGGGAAUGGAACAGGAGGACUAACUGCCUUUAUGUGUGUUUAUCUCGUGUGGACAUUCAUAAUUUACUUCUACUCUGGUGCUUGGGUGUAUCCAGUUUUGGAAGUUCUGAACUGGGGGCAACGGGCUAUAUUCUUUAUUGUGUUACUUCUCUUUGUUAACGCGCUGUACUUUGUGGGAGAGUUUGUCAACAAAACUAUUUGGGGAAAAGAGUUGAGGCAACUGGAAAGAGCUGGUUCGCAUAAAAGGAGCAAUUAAAGUGCUAUCUUUAAUCGCUUUGUGAUAUUAUGCAUAUCACAUCUUUUUAAGUACAAGAAUAUUUCUUAAAUUGUUUAUAUUUUAUGAACAGUGUGUGCAGAAUUAAGUGUACUCUUUGUUGUGUAUAUGACAUUUACUUUUACAAGAAUUUGUUUUACUUAUGUAUGCAGGAUUAUAUUAUUUUGUUGUGCACAAGAAAACUGCCUAAAAUGUUAUGUUACUUCUUUUAUUUUCCACAGUGUGGAAGUAAAAUGUUUUUUUUUAACUGCCUGCAUCUGUUGUAUCUAAUUCCUGAAGCAAUAAGUCUUGUACCUUAUAUUUAGGUCAAAUGAAGUCCAAAGAUUCAAACAUGACCUAUGAAUGUGAUAAAACUGAUCAUUUUUGUCACUUCUUCUAAAGUUUGCUGCAAGAAUAUAGAAAUUAGUUCUUAGGGUUAAUAAUUAAAAAAUUUUUAGAAGACGACUUGCUAAUUAAUUGUUCAGACCAGUUUUUCCUAACUAUUUCAUAUAGAAACUUUUGAAUCCUGGUACCUGCCAUAGGCUGAGUGGCCUUUUAAAUUCAGACUUGCCUUUACAUAAAGUUGCGAGUUUUAAAUAGUUACUGCUAGUAUUAAGCUAUGCUAAAAUAUAACGCAUAAGAAAUAUUUGUAAUCCUAAAAUUUAAUAUUGAAUUGGUUUUGUUGUACAUUAAUAUUUACUCGAAUUCAGUAGAUAAAAUUCAAUUUUUGUUGUUUCUUAACUUUCAAAGUAAAGUACACAUCUAAUGAUCUUAAAAGUAUUAAAAAAAAUAAUUAGAUCUCAUUACAUUUUUCUGUAGAAGAAAAUUUUAUUUCAACUUUCUUACGAAAGUUUGCAAUUGAGAAAAAUGUUUAAUAUGUGCUAGUAUCAAUAUACUAGUACUUUUGACCAUUUUUUCCUGUGAAGCUUUAACAAUGUUCAUAACUGAAUAUGCUUUCAACAGUUGUUUAGUUUCAUAUCUAAUACAUUUUGGCCUAAUUGUUAAAAGGUUGUUGGUUGAAAAAUUGCAGCCUACACUACAGUAGUACUUAGGUAUUGAUACUAUGAAAUUGUUUACAAAAUUCUUGGCAUUUUUACUAGUGUAGCAUGUAUGGAAUACAAAUCUUUAAAAUUAAAAGAAUUUGCACUUGAUUAGAAUUUGCAAUUGAACAUGUUUAAAAUGAUAUGACAAUCAUGGUAGCUUUGUGUUGUCUUGUAUGUUGAAGACAAUAAGUAUUUUAUAUGUUGUUUUUAUGUAGUUGAUAAUGAAGUGUGUAUUAUGAGAGUGCCCUGCAGGAUUCAGGAGGUAGCUUUCAUUUAUGUCAGUGGUGAACAGGCAGUAAAUUCUGUAUCUUUAAAUAGUUUAAUUGUUAAUACACUUAUUGUGAAAGUUCAGAAACAAGUUUGAAAUUGUUGCCUCUACGAGCCAGGAGUGUGAAAAUGUAAAUGGAAAAACUUGGGCAAAUGAUGUGAUAAACUGAUUUAUUCACAAGAAUAAUUUGACAAUUAUUCACAUCUAUUGCUACAUAGUCCAGAAACUGAUGUAUAUGUAAGUUAAGCAUCAAUUGUGUAGAAAUAAGGACAUUUAUUUUGUUAUUGCUAUGUAUAUUGCAGAACUGUAUUGUUAAUAAGUUUUGUAAAUAAGAAUAUUUGUGUUUUUGAUGUUGAAUCAGUAAACAUCAGUCAACAAAUGAAAGUAUGUUUCAUUUAUUAACUACUCAAAAAUGUUUUCAUAGCAGUCUAUGAAAGCUUGACAUGCAAUUUAAGUUAUGACUAACAGUUCAGCCAAUAAAGCCUCCUUACAAAAUAUAAAUUGUCUCACUCUUACUGAACCAAAGUUUACAAGAAUAUUAAAAUUAACCUCUCAAAAUGCUUUCAAUAAAAAAAAAAAACACUUUCAUAUCAAUGCAUUGCCUAUGAAAAAGUCUGGCAAUACUUCUAGAAAUAGCCUAGAAGAGUAAAACAACAGUGACUUGCCAUAACACGGUGCUUUCUUUUUUUUUGUCAAGUUUGUUUUCAAUACAACACUACAUUGAAAGUACCAUUUAAAAAUAAUUUACGACAGCAAUUUUUGAACGAUUUAAGAGAUUUAUUUAAGAAUACAUGAUAUCAAAAGAUUGGAAGUUUGGUCAAUGAAGAUCACAAAGGCUUGA